CAUCGUUCCCACAUCCUUCGAAGUUCGCGUUCCAAAUAAUCUAAGUCCCAACGAAAAUCCGAACUGAUUUCUCUUAUCAUUAUGACCGUAAGACUGUGGAUCUAGAUCAGAAACAGCCAACUGCAUAAACUAGCUAAUAUCUUAUCAUUGAAUUGUGAAUAUGAUAUACGAUGUAUAUUAUUAUUCCCAAUCGAACGAGGUUAUGUCAUUUGCAUUGGAGCAAAAAUACUUCCCAGAAAAUGCUGGCAGAUUAAAACUUCUGAGCAACAGCCGAAUCGACCUACAAAACCUCCACCAGUCGUUCCUCUCAACAUCGAAACAGAUACCGUUACCAUGAGCUCCAGUUGGAGAAGUCUUCCUGCAGAGAUGAUGGAUGUCAAUUUGACAAAGUGGACCUUUAUAUUCGUGGCGUGUUUUGUGGGGAUUCUGGGAUUUUUACUGCACGCAAUUGAGGAUUACAUUCCUCUAGUGAUUCGCAGGACCUUCAGAUAUGGAAAACACGCCGAGAAGAGGGACCACGUUCUAGUGAACCAGUUGGAACUUCCGAAAAGAUGGUUCUUCCACUUCUACAUCUUCGCCGCACCCGUUGCAACAGUUUCCUUCCUGAUUCUUGUGAACAGAUACUUUCUUGGUGGAGAGGUACCACAGGUUGUUCUUUGGCUUCUGGACUUUCAGUUGGGCUCGUCAAGAAAAGCACUGGUUUCUUCGGAGAAAUGUUUUAUCGCAAUAUCACUGAUGACUAUUCAUUGCUGGAAGAGGUUGUACGAAACUACCUGUGUAAGUGUCUUCAGCAAUGCAAGAAUCAAUGUCAGUCAUUACAUUAUCGGUUACGUUCAUUAUCUUGGAACCUUCACGUGCAUCCUGGGGGAAUCUCAAGGGUUUGUCAAAGAUUCUCGAUUCAGAUUCCAUUGGAGUAAUUUAACAUUCCUAGAUUAUUUAUGUGCCCUUAUAUUCCUAUCCGCAUCGUACCUCCAACUUCACUCGAAUUAUAUCCUCUCGAGUCUGAGGAAGGAUAGAAGGGGCGUUGUUAUCACGAAGUCGUAUAAAAUACCGAGAGGAGGACUCUUCGACUAUGUAACUGGUGCUUUACAGUUCACUGAGAUUACCAUAUACAUUAUGCUCACAAUUAUUCUAUGGAAAAGUUCGACUUAUCAUUACAUAUGUCUAUGGGUGUUGAUGAAUCAGGUUCAAACAGCAAUGGAUUCUGAUAAAUGGUAUCGAAGUGCCUUCAAGGACUAUCCAAAGGCUCGUAAAAUUUGCCUGCCCUUGAUAUUCUAAUGCUCCAUGUCACCGACGAACGAAUUAAUUAAACGAAACGACUGACUUUAUUCAAAGAAACAGAUGGAAAAAAACAUGUAUUUCAAUUCAUACAAAUUUUGUUCCUAAUAAUGUCAUUCCAUUAAUCCACAUUGUCACGUGAGACUCAAUAAUUAGAUUUUCUUACGCUAAUAGGAUUAUGAACAGCGAAAUAAAUUUCUCAACAGGCACUGCAAUUUCAUUUACUUGAAGAGAAGACUGAAAUUAAUAAAAAACAAUUGUCAGCUGCAUCACAAUUUUUGAAAGAAUUAAAGAGGAAUAAUUUGUA